GCCAAUAUUUCGCAAAUCGUAAAACACGCAAUUCAGCGUAACGACGGUGGUUGUGUACGGAAGCGACAGGUCUUAGCAACAUCUUUAAACACCAUGAAUAUUCUAUUUUCCUACUUUUAAUUUCACAUCGACUCGAUUUCUGCAUGAGAUUCAACCACAAUGAUGUAAACUGCAGAACAAAAUCAACUGGAAAUGACCCUGAAUUGGCGGCAGGAUGAAUACUUCGAGUCGCUGCUCGCGCAGCCGGAGGACCCCGAGGCGCACAGGGCGCUGGAACUGCUGGUGGAUGACAUCCACAAAGACAAGGAGAAAACCAUCAAUGCCUUCAUCUCUCAUUAUGGAUCUGAAGACUUUCUCUGGGGUAUUGUCCGGCUACUAGCUGAAAAGAAUGCAAGAGUUGCCGGGAAUGCUGCGUACAUCUUUGGAACCUUGGCGGAGCAUGAUGUAGGUCAAGUUCGUGUGAUGUCACUCAUCCAUGGCUCCUCUCCUCAUAACAUAUUGACUGAUCUUACCGAUAUGCUCUCCUAUGACGAUACAGAAUGUGUCAUGAAUGCUGCGGGAACCAUGGGCACAUUGGCUGAGAGUAAAUCUGGUAGAGAUUGGAUGCUGGGUGAAUCAUGUUUAGAUGAUCUACUGAGAAAGGUUACCGGUCUUCUCUCCUCUUCUAAUAUGUGGACUGCUAGCAAUGCUGCACUUGUUCUAGCCAGGUUCUCGAUAUCAGAAGAAGGAUGUCAGCGAAUCUUGAAUCACUACAGCUCUCUUCAUAUCCUGACCAAGCUUGUAGAAUCACUUGGAAUGGAUGAAGCUGGGAGGGGGAUGAAUGCAGCGUUUGCUAUCGGCCGUCUGUGUGACAUUGACGAUGGAAGGCUGAGAUUACUGAAUCACAGAGAUUCUGAGAAAAUGCUGGAGAGCUUGUGUUGCAUGCUGACUAGUAAAGACUCUGGAUGCGGGAAGAACGCUUGCUAUGCUCUAAGCUGCCUGGCAAGCAGUGACCAAGGUCACAAGCGACUAUUGCUGCACAAGAACUCUGACCUGAUGCUACAUCUCCUGGCCCAGCAGCUCAGCAAUGAGGAUGGAGAGACAGCAUGGUUUGCUGCUAUGACUCUUCGAACAUUAGCUGGAAAGAGACAAGGCGUCCUCAGACUUAGAGACCAUACUGAUGUUGUUCCACUCCUGAAGCAAAUAUCCCUGAAGCCUAGUCUGAACCCUGACCUCUUGGAAGAAGUCGACCUGACCCUUGAACUCCUGAAGCACCUUGCCAGACCCGAAGCUCCAGGGUUAGAGGUCAAAGGUCCCCACGAGAUAGAAGUCACCUGGCCGGUUGUCGAGCUAAAGAGUGGAUUACCUGUUACAUACACCCUCUUCUGCGAAGGUAAGCAGGUGUACCACGGUCCGGAGACUGUGCAGCUUAUCUCUGGUCUGAGACCAUUCACCAAGUACACCUUCAAGCUACAGUUACACACUGAGGGUGAUGACAGUCCACAUAGCAAUGACUCUACAGCCAAGACGCAAGAUGCAGCCCCCGAUGCUCCUGAAGCGUUGCGUGUCCUGGGAAUCACCACCUCACAGAUCAGGUUGGGAUGGGCCCCACCUCAGUACAGCAACGGUGGUCUCAAGGGAUAUGUGGUUUACAAUGGCAAGCAUCAGGUGGAAACCACCUCGGAACUCAACUCCAUCAUCAGCGGUUUGGCGCCAAAGACUUCCUAUGAGAUCUAUGUAUGUGCAUAUAAUCAUAAAGGAAAAGGACCAAAAUCUUCAAUUUCAGCAACAACAGAAGAACUUGGCAAGCAUGCUCCUAGCAAACCAACGCUGACGGCGCGUGGGCGGAGCCAAAUUCAUGUGACUUGGGCCCCGCCCGAUUUUCCUUUGGGGAGGAUAUACCGAUUUGAAGUCACCAUGAACAGUAAGGUGGUCUAUUCUGGACGGGAUCUGAGCUUCACUGUUAAACAACUCACCCCAAAUACCGAGUAUACCUUUACGGUGAUUGCUGUGACCAGUGAAGGCAAAUGUGAGAGUGACCCGGUGAAGAAGAAAACAGGAAAAGAUGAAUAUAAUGUCCAGUCUACAGCACCAGUUUUCUUCUCUCAUCCAACAAAAACAAACUUGGAAACAAAGCCUAGCAGUAAACCAAGAGAAAGAUCAAAUCCUCGUUCUCCUUCCAGGCACAGCAAGAAGAGAGACCAUCAUUCCAAACCAGGGAGUUCCCCAGCAAGUUUUGAUACAUCAGUCUCCAGACCCAUGUCAGCUGCAUCCAGCUCAUGGAGUGGGAACCAUAAAAAGAGGUCAUCUAGAGCUCGAAGUGCACGUAAACAGAGGGAAUCACAGCAGCCGAGCACGGAGGAUGCCCGCAAGAACCGUCACAUUGCUGCCCUGAAGAAACUGGAGAGAGGUCAGAAGUCAUCUACAGGAGAAGAUUCCUCAGACUGGUCUGAGGACGACAGAUGGAAGGCGCUAACAGGCCAGCAGGUCAGCGGUUCAAACCACACCACGGUCAAUCCAAGUAGGCACAGAGACACAAAGGAUGACCCAGAGUUCUUGAGUGUCACCGUAUCAUACAAGGAUUUCACUGAUGAUGAUGUGCUUCAGAGAGUGGAGGGCGGUAAUGAAAAAUCUACUUCAGCAGAAUCAAACGAGACAAGGAGACGACAUAAGAUGUCGCGGAAGGACGUUACGUUUGAUGAGACGGUGCAUUCUAGGGACAGGAAGAAGCAGCAGCAGCAUGCUGUUGGUGCACAUGGAGAAGGUUUGCCUGGUGAAGGAAUUCUAGAGCACUUCCCUGCGGACAGCGUGGACAGGAGGGCCUUGAUGCGUCUCUCGCUGUCCAUGAAGAGACAACAAACUGCUCUAGGAGUGGAGCGGGAAGCAGGUUUGAAGUAUCCAGGAGAUGUCAUGUCGUACGUUCCUCCGCGGCCUGGUAGGAUGCACCAUGCCGCCACACAGGAGUCAAACUCUAAGAAGCGCCAGCUGGAGUCUCUGGCCCACAGCAGCCGCUUGUCAUUCAACCCUUCUCUUGCCAUGCAAGAUCUGAGAUUGCAGGAGAACUCCAUUGCCCCAAACAAUCCCUUGUCUGCUGCAGGGGAGAGCAAAGACUUCACCUUGAUGGCCAAUGGCUAUGUUGUCUAUCAAGAGAAACCGAACUCUGCAGAGAAAAGGGAGCAACAACAAGAACUUCAAAGUCACAGGUCUUCUGUCCAAGAGGAUAUCAAUGAUGUGGAAAAGCUUCCUGACCAUCUCCCCGAGAGGUCUCCUAGGGAAGUGGGGUCGCUCAGAGGUUCGUGGAACGACGUUGACAGGUUCGGAGUCAGUGACAGUGACAAUGAUGACUUUGAUGAUGCCGGCAGGAUGGCCAGUGGAGCACCAAGUUUUAUUGAUGAUAACAACAACAGCAAUAGCAGCAUUAGAGGAGAUAAAUCCCUUUCAGCAAUCAACAAGGGUAUCAAACGGGAUAUCUUCACCAGCAGGAAUCCUCUGAAGGAACAUGCCUUGCCAUCCCGUAGCAUCUUAGCUGACCAUGGAUCAUUCUACCAGAGGACUAACACAUUCAUAUCAAGUCAUCGGCCUACCCUGAAGAAGAAUCUAGCAAGACUAAUAGCCCCCGGUGCCUACAACAUGCCGCCACCCUCCACCGCUCAGACAACUCUAGAUCCCGACUUCCCUAGCAGCAAGAAAUCUGGGGGUGGGGCCAAUAACUACCAGUUCAUUCCCACCCAGUUCCGCACCCAGCCCGUCAAUCUCCCCACCCCUCUCCUCCCCAGGGGUAACACGCUUGCCAGCCUACAAGACAAAAUCCUACCGGCCAAUCUUAGGCUUGCUCGCUGUUAUACUAGUCCAGAAAUUGAUCGUGCCUUUGUACGGAAACUUCAGACCCUUUCACAUAUGUCUUCAUCUCAAGGUGCCAAAUCAGUAUCGUUCUGCAAUGAUUGUGGAAGAGAACCAGACCCCAGACCCGUAUCCCUCCGCUAUUCGCACAAACAGGAAUCACACGCCCUCCACGGCCCUAGAUUAAGAAGUGGACAUUCCGAGAUGAUGUCCCCUCCUGUUGCUAGGUGACACCAUAACCCCCCCAUCCACAGACCACGCCCCUUUUUAUAGGAGCACCACCAUCAGCUACUGAAGUCCUUCAUUGUGAUUAGCUGAUUGUAAAUUUGUUAAUUUCUUAUUGUAACAAGUCUUUUAUGAAAUCAGACCCUGAUAUACUUAUCAGCCUCGGGUAUAGUAAAUUGAUAGAAAGUUGCUCCAGGUAAAAAGUUAUUAUUUUAUACCUCCUCAUUACCCAUAUUUUUGCUAGAACCUCGAAAGAAAUUAUACAUUUGUAUACUAGAUCCUCGAAAGACAUUAUAUAUUUGUAUGCUCUCAAACCUAUUGUAGCAGCCAUCUGUCUCUAGUGGUUACCAUUUCCGUUUCCGAUGGGUGGCCUUAACAUACAAUUUUGAGUGUAUUUCUAAAUCAUGUUGUCAAUUUACAUUAUCAAAUAGUGAAAUAUGAAUCCACAAACUAUGUUUGUGCUUAACCAAUCAUUUGCUUACAUUUUUGAGUAAGUAUUUAAUGAUUUCAGUUAUUUUUAGACAAAUUCAUUGGUGAUUUUCUAUAAUUUAUAUAGAAUAGUGACUAUUAUAUUCAAGCAUAUAUUUUGUUAUUAUUAUGAUGGAUUUUAUAUCAGUUAGGUUCUAUGUUUAGAAUAAGGUACAUGUAGUAUAUAGCUACUCAUUUGGAAAAGAAGUUUGUAACUUGUUUCUCAAAAAUACCAUCAUGCAUUUAAAGUCAAUUUCAUGUGUCAGCUAGUAUUAAAUAGAGUAGAAACAUUGUACUGUUAUUUUAUCAUGAAGUAUGCUUGAAUGAUAUGACAUCCUCAUUAUUCAACUCCUCAGGAAAACAUAGUAUUAUUAAUGUAAGGACAUUCCAGUUGUAGAGGCAUUUUGGUAGCUCCAAGUAAACCCUGGCUUUCAUGGGGCCUACAAUCGUUUUGCAAAGACGUAAAUGUCAAAAAUGGCAAAGACGAACACUCAAAUUUUAUGCCGCAAAAAUUGCACCAGAUGUGGAAAAUUGCCGCUUUGAGGUUCAGAAUCUUAGCAAAUUUUGUUUAAAAAAAGAAAUCUGUAUUCCCCAUCGGUUAAAGUUAAUCCACCUCUGUCAGGCCCAUUGAAAUUCAGUUGGAGAGUUACGUAGCUAGUUUAAUAUAAUGUAAGUGUAAUGUAUUCUUUUAAAUGAAAAGAAGUGGAGGGUGGACAAGAUAGGGUGAAAGUGCAUAUUUUGGUGUGGGUGUGGGGGUAUAAAUAGAUUGAGAGGGGGAGGAGAGAGAGUGAGCGAGCGAGUGAGUGCACAUUAGAAUGUAUACAUCUGUAUAUUCACAAUGUAAAUUGCAUAUGUUUAGUACCACUAGAGAUCAUAAUUAGUAUGAAAUAUUAUUUAUAUGGCCAGUUUUUACCUCCUCUUCUUGUAAAUUAUGUACAGUAUACAGUGUAUAGAUAAAUUAUUCAAUAUGUUAUCCUUAC